GUGGACGCCGCGGGACGGAGAGCAUCUGUAGGAGCAGAGCCAGAGGGGAGCGGGUGGGCUUGUCGGAGCGUCAGGAUUUGAGCUUGGGCCUUUCGAACCCAGGAUCUCGAAAUGCAUCGUGAUUCCUGUCCCUUGGACUGUAAGGUUUAUGUAGGUAAUCUUGGAAACAAUGGGAACAAGACUGAAUUAGAAAGGGCUUUUGGCUAUUAUGGACCACUACGAAGUGUGUGGGUUGCUCGAAACCCUCCUGGCUUUGCUUUCGUUGAAUUUGAGGAUCCCCGUGAUGCUGCUGACGCUGUCCGAGAGCUGGAUGGAAGAACACUAUGUGGCUGCCGUGUAAGAGUGGAACUGUCGAAUGGAGAAAAGAGAAGUCGGAAUCGUGGCCCGCCUCCCUCUUGGGGUCGUCGUCCUCGAGAUGAUUACCGCAGGAGGAGUCCUCCACCUCGGCGCAGAUCCCCAAGAAGAAGAAGCUUUUCCCGAAGCCGAAGCAGGUCACUCUCUAGAGAUAGGAGAAGAGAAAGGUCUCUGUCUCGUGAGAGAAAUCACAAGCCGUCUCGAUCCUUCUCUAGGUCUCGUAGCCGAUCAAGGUCAAAUGAAAGGAAAUAGAAGACCAAUUUGCAAAAGUGGUGUACAGGAAAUAACUUCAUCUGACAGGAGUAUGUACAGGAAAUUAAAGUUUUGUUUGAGACUUCAUAAGCUUGGUGCAUUUUUAAGAUGUUUUAGCUGUUCAAAUUUGUUUUGUCUCUUGGAACAGUGACACAAACCGAUGUAAUUCUCUGUGGUUCCAAAUGGAUCAUAGGAGGCAUGUGAUAUCAAGAAUUGUUACUUUACAAUGUUCCCUUAAGCAAGAUUGAAUUUUCUUUGAAUUUUAGUUUUUUAUAGACUGAAAUAAACCUAGAUCCUGCCCAGUUUUAAGUGUGAUGUACUAAUGAUACAGAAGCGACUGGCAGAAAUUGAAUAAAGCUAUAGUCCUCGUAGCUGAGACAGUGUGGCACUGUGGGUGGAAUGAUAAGCAGUCUUUAGAAGCUGCUGUAAAUACAAGCCAGCAGAUAAAGGUAGGAACCACACGCUGAAGGUUUUCAAAGCGGUUCCUUCCUGGUUGCUAUAUGCGGAUGCAGAGCUGUUGUAAUGUCUUUACUUGGAAAUGUAAAACUAAGAUACCAGUGUCCUAUCAGUUUAAGGGUACAUUGUAGAGCUGAACUUUUCAGUUACUGUGCAAGAUUUUUUUUUCAUGCUGUCAUUUGUAAUAUGUUUUUGUGAGAAUCCUUGGGAUUAAAGUUUUGGUUACAAAUUGUUGUUUAACUUGAAAGCCUGUUUUUCCUUGCACACUCAAAUCUGUGAGCUUGGUAUCAAGUCCAGGUAUAACAUUCCUAUUGGAAGCCAUACUUAUAUUUUCUUGUAAAGUGCUUUUGAACUAAUAAAAUACUAGCAUAAUUGUGUAGUCAGUCAAGCGAACCCACUGUUGCCAUUGUUCUUAUCCCUGGGAAAGCGGUUGGUUGCCCAGUUCGAUCUUUGUAAGUAACAACCAAGAGGCACUACAUUAGGGAAGUUCUUCCCCCUUUGCUUGUCACCUUGUUAGCCAUUUUUUAGGUGUUGAAAGUCAGUUCAGGAUCAUGGCAGUUAGUGACUAACAUUUUAAAGUAAGCACCAGUGUGGUAUAUUGUAAUUCUUUAAGUUGCCCAUAAAAAAUGUCUUUGAUCUUCAGCAUGAAAACAUUCAACAAAAGUUUUAAAAUUAAUUUUUUAUGACUUGAGGUGUUGCAUGGGAUUCCAAAUUGAUCCAUCAUGAUGUAAAAUACACAAAAUGGUUCAUUGUAACGAUGCACAGUUGAAUAUGGAGGCAUGCAUACCCUUUCUCUUAGAAAUAUGGAGGAGUUGUGGUUUCAGGGUUUUUGUGUGUGUGCAAUUAGAUUAAAUCAUAAUGCAACAGUCUUGUGGCUUAAGUUUCCUUAAAUGUGUUCUUUUGAGAUAGUUUUUGGAUUCUACUGUACUGACUUUGUCUCUGUAAGAUGCCAUUGCACUAAAUUCAAUCUGUAAGCUUAUAAAUUCCCCCUCCCCGAAUUGUUAUCUUUAAACAAUAAAUUUCAGUAAGAAAGGAGAGAAUUGUGUCCAGAAGGUUCCACCGUGAGCCUUUGAAAGAAGUACCCAUCUUCAAGGAGAUGCUUUUCAAUUCAAAGUCUCUGUUAAUGUGUUAGGAGUCCACUUUGUCCUUCAUGGUAGGAUUGAGGUUAAGCCUACUUGUAAUUGUAGGUCACAUUAGCUAUUAGUUUUCAGCGUAUACUACUAAAAGGGUGGCUACAGGUGCUUGCCAGGGGUCAUUAUUAGUACUUAGUGAUGACUAAGAAAGGCACUUGAGAAUUAGGAUUCUCGUUCAUUGCGAGUUACCUCAGACAGAUGUACAUUGAACACGAUGUAGGUGCCCUUCAUUUACUUGCCAUCGUGGUACCUAAGUGUCAUGGAUGGAUGGAUGGCAUCUCCACCCUGCACUGGACUGCAGGCACUGAAGACUGAGGAUGAAUGGGAGAUCUUAGUAGUUUUCUUUAGAUCUCUGCCUCACUUUGGCAUGCUACUGCUUAAUUGGAAAGAAUGUUGGUUAUGGAAGUCAGAAGAGACUGAGUAUAGCCAGACUCUACACCUGUUAACAGUGAAGAGUAUAGGUGAUAAACAGCCAUAGUCUUUGGGUCACUGGUUUAGUGCCUUGUCUUAAAUGUACUUUUGCUUUUCUGAGAUGGGAUUUAGUUAUCAGACAAGUUAUCUCUUCCAGUAUAUAUUUUUGUACUUCCAGACUGUUGCCUUCUGGUUUUCUUAUGGAUGAGGGACAUAAAACAGCUUUAUUAUUAAAGACACUGACUUAA